GGCCAGGCGGAACGGCCCACUCCGGACGCAGGGUGGGGCCAAGGCGGGGCCACUUUUGUGUAUGAUCGUGCGUGGCCUAGGAAGGCCUCGAACCCGCGGCGAUUCUCUUGCCUCAGCCUCCCCAGUGCUGGGACCACAGGCGUACAUCACCGCGCCUGGAUUGGCCACGCUUAGGCCAGGAUUUGGAAGAGGCGGGCAAGUCCGGGUUGUGCUGGGUAGAGGUCUGUGUCGGCGGAAGUUGCUGUCCCCGCAUAGUUUGAGUCGCCUGACCCCGCACAGCGGGCACAUCUGACCACCUGGGGCCACAACAGCGCGACAGCGACCACGCCGCGCCCGGAACCUGUCCAGCCAGAGCACUCCUGCCUGCCUUGCCCUUUACAUGGUGGAAGAACUGGCAACGGCUCCGAGAGAAAGACAAGGAGGGUGGUACUCGGGCUCAGCCUCCGCUGUCAGAGGCGCCUUCUCGGGAUCCGUUUCCCUGGGCUGGGGAAGCCGUUCACCCGCGUCCCUGUCCCCGUCCCUGUCCCUGCAGGGAGGAGCCGGAGCGCUCGGCAUGGCCUGCGGGCUGCCCCGGAGGAACACGGUGCGGAGCAUCCUGCGCGGCAGCUGCUACAGCGUACAGGAAACUUGGGAUCUUGCCCUGCUUACCAAGACCUGGUACUCGAACCUAGUCAACUCCAGAUUGCCCUUCUUGGGGGAAAUUGCAUAUGGGAGUCCCUUAGAGCUGGCGAAAUGUGGAACCAAGGAAGGGCUGCUGCCUUCAGAGGAAGCCAUCAAACUCGAAAGGGACUAUGAAAUGAAGCGCCUGACUAAACUGAAAUGUCAAGAAAAUGCACUGGAGGAAAUUCAAAUGUCCCUAAGGGCGAGGAAAGCUGGUCUGAGAAGACCUCUGCAACCUCAGUGACAGGCGUGUCAC